AUUAGGGUUUAGCAGUUUGCACACGUCAGCCGUAAGGCUCCCCCAUGUCCUCUCCCGUGUUUUCCCUCACUUCUUCUGUCUCACACUCUCCGGCUUCCCUCUCGCCGCUGGUAGCUCUUGUCCAGUCGUCCAGUUCGCCGUUUUUCCGUUCCCAGAUUGUGUUUUAUUCCUGGGUUUUCAAUGAGUAUUUCGUUCCUGCAAUAUUGAUAUGUAAUUUUGAUACCAUUUCUCGUAGCUAAUUCAUGAGCUGAGCUGAUUAGAGGUCAUUUAUCUGCUAAACUGCUUAGAAUGGAUGAGUUUUUGAAGAACCAAAUCUUUGCAACUCAUGCUGUUGCUGCUGUAGGCUCAGUGACACUAAGUACAGUUCUUACUUAUCCUCUUGACACUAUCAAAACUAUUAUCCAGGUUGGUUCUAAUCCUUUAGGAUCUACCAAACAGUUGACGUCUACUCAGGUUUUGCAGAGAAUCCAAUCUUUCUCAGGAAAUUCAGGUCUGUAUAGUGGAUUUGGAUGGUUGGCCUUUGGGAGACUAUUUGGUAUAGGUGCUCGAUUUGGAAUAUAUGAAAUUGUGACAGCUUUUUAUAAAGAUGGUCGUGAAGAUGAUUACAUACAUGUGUCUGAAGCUUUUCUAGCUGGACUUAUGGCUGGUGCAGCGGAGUCAUUGAUAUGCUCUCCAUUUGAGCUUGUUAAACUUCGUGCUCAAGUGACUUCCGCAGUUCGAUUACCAAGACCAAGUUCUCUCGUCGGACAAGAAAGUGCUCUUGCACCUUCCAUGUCAAGAUUUCUUCAUGGCUAUACACUGGAUCAGAAAGCCUUAAACUAUUCAGUUGGUCUUUUAUCUACUCUAACGACCAAACACCCAAACAUAAAAGGUGCUUUACAAGAGUAUCCAUGGACGAUGACAGGUUCUGGGAGGCCACCUGCGGUCAGCAGCGUGCGUAGGCCAUCAGAUAUCGUUUCACUAGAAGGAUGGCAUGCAUUUUGGAGAGGUUUGCGAUCUGGGAUUGCAAGGGAUUCCAUCUUUAGUGGCGUAUUUUUCUCAACUUGGCAAUUUCUGCACCAAUCUAUGCUUAUUUGGAAGAGCAUUGAUAUGAAUCCACCACCCAGGUCAAAUGAUGAAAUAGGUCCGCUGUCUCCGUUUUCAGUAAGUCUUGCAGCUGGAUUUUCAGGCGCAGUUGCUGCGGCUGCUUCUCAUCGUUUCGAUACUGCCAAGAGUCGAUCACUAUGCACUGUGCUGCCCAAGUUUGUUGCUUUGGAGAGGAAGUUUCUCAAAUGGCAAACACCGGGUAGUAGAUUCCAGAGAACUACAGGGAUUCAUCCUGCUGAUCGAGGUCUCCUGUCUCGUGGCCUAGGAUUGCGAAUGGCUAGCUGUGGUUUAGGGUCAUUUGUUAUGGUUGGAGGUUACUAUUUGAUUAUUGAUCAUUUGUUGAAAUGAUAGUAUUAUUUGCAUGGAUUACUUAGAAUAAGUUACAAAGAGAGUAUUUUCAAAGGCCAUAGAGAAUCCAUUUCUUGUCCUAUACACAGAUUUUGUUAUAUUUCCGAGAAAGCAUUGUAUCUGAUGCUUUUGUUUCAUAAUUGUGUUUUAGUUCUCUGCCUUCAAACAUUAAUAAGCAGAUUAGAUGAUAAUUAUCAGUUCAAAGUA